GGAACAGCAAGUGUAAAGGCUGAGAGGAGAGAAAGACGGUGGCUCAUUCCAGAAACUGAAAUCAGUCCGGUGACGAUAGGGAAGAACAUCGGUGUCUUCCCGCCAGAGCCGGUUGGCCAACAGGCAGCCCCGCUGCCAACCUGUCUCCUCCCUCGGCUCAUCCCCGGCCCCCUGGGGCAGCUGCCCGCUCAGAGGUGAUCGGGUGUCGGAGCUGAGCGCACAGAGCUGCUGGUACGAGCUGGUGGCCCAGCUGGGAGCAGGUAACCGGAGCCAGCAGUGAACACGGUGGCCUGGUGCUGGAGUCACUGGAGCUGCAGGAGGUGGCCUGGGUUGCAGAGAAACACCAGACACUGGCCAUGAAGACUCUCCGGGCACGAUUUAAGAAGACAGAGUUGCGGCUCAGCCCCACUGACCUCGGCUCCUGCCCGCCCUGCGGCCCCUGCCCCAUCCCGAAGCCUGCAGCCAGAGGCAGGCGCCAGAGCCAGGACUGGGGCAAAAGUGAUGAGCGGCUGCUGCAGGCUGUGGAGAACAAUGACGCCGCACGGGUGGCCUCCCUCAUCGUUCGCAAGGGGCUGGUGCCCACAAAGCUGGACUCCGAGGGCAAGUCCGCAUUCCACCUGGCGGCCAUGAGGGGUGCAGCCAGCUGUCUGGAGGUGAUGCUGGCACACGGCGCCAACGUCAUGAGCACAGACGGGGCAGGUUACAGUGCCCUCCAUCUGGCAGCCAAGUAUGGGCAACCACAGUGCUUAAAGCAACUGCUGCAGGCGUCCUGUGUGGUGGAUACUGUGGACAGCAGUGGGUGGACGGCCCUGCAUCACGCAGCGGCUGGUGGCUGCGUCUCCUGCUCAGAAAUGCUCUGCUCCUUCAAGGCAACUCUGAAUCCCCGAGAUCGGUUGGGCACAACACCCCUCAUCAUAGCGGCUCAGAUGUGUCACACAGACCUGUGCCGCCUCCUCCUGCAGCAGGGGGCUGCCGUGAAUGACCAGGACCUUCAGGGCAGGACGGCCCUGAUGCUGGCCUGUGAGGGGGCCAGCCCCGAAACUGUGGAGGUGCUGCUGCAGGGCGGGGCCCAGACAACCAUCACCGACGCGCUGGGCCAGGAUGCAGCUCACUACGGUUCCCUGGCGGGGGACAAACUCAUCCUGCAACUCCUGCAGGAGGCAGCUCAGCGCCCCUCACCACCCAGCGAGGAUGACUCAGGCGAGGCGUCUUCUCAGAACUCUGUGUCCAGCCAUGAAAAGCAAGGGGCUCCUAAGAAGCGAAAGGCACCUCAGCCCCCCGCCAGUGUCCCUAUGCCGGAUGAUCACGAGGCCUAUGAGGAGAUUGUGCGGCUGCGACAGGAGAGGGGCCGCCUGCUUCAGAAGAUCCGGGGCCUAGAGCAGCACCAGGAACGGAAAAAGCUGGAGCUGCCAGAGGCGGAGGCCAGCUCCCUUCACAGCCUGGAGAGACAGGUGCAAGAGCUACAGCAGCUACUGGCAGAGAAGCAGGAGGAGAAGGAGAGCCUGGGACGGGAGGUGGAAAGUUUGCAGAGCCGACUGUCCCUGCUGGAGAACGAGCGGGAAAACACCAGCUAUGAUGUGGCCACCUUGCAGGAUGAGGAGGGUGAGCUGCCUGACGUCCCAGGGGCCGAGGUGCUGCUCUCCAAGCUGCUCUCCAAGCGGCUAAGCCCGUCGGUCCAGGAGCUCUUGACCUCGCUGCAGGAACAGGUGGCCGCCCUCACCAGACAGAACGAGGAGCUGAUAGAGAAGGUCCAGAUCCUAGAGAGCUUUGAGAAGGAUGAGAUGGAGGCAAAUGGUGCAGCCGAGGUCAUCCCUCUGGCCCUCUACAACUCUCUCCGGGCUGAGUUUAACCAGCUGCGCAGGCAGCACGCUGAGGCCAAGCAGGCGCUGGAGCAGCAGGAGGUAGAGGGGACCCCGGGAGACGAGAAGGCAGCCCCUGGGGAGUGCAAGGACACAGGAGACAUGACCACCAGAAAUGGGCCAACAGAAAUGGAGCUUGAUGGCACCGUGGCUCCGGAAACCAAGGUGAAUGGAGUGGAGACCACAGACGAUGAGGAGGCUGCAGGCGUUGAAACUGCAGAAGACAGGACUUCGGAAGUAGCUUUCCUGGGGGCCGAGGCCACGGAAACAAAACCCUUGGACACCGAGGCCACAGAAACUGAGGGUGCAGAAGCUGGAGCCUUGGAAACUGAGGCCACAGAAACAAAAGCUCCAGAAGAAGAAGGAAGCCUGGAGACAGAGGCCAUGGGGGCAGAGGACACAGAUAUAAAAGCAGAGGAACCGGAAGUGAAGGUCAAUGGACUGGGUGUUGUGGAGGGAGAACUGGCAGGCACAGAGACCACGAACGAGGAGGCCACCUCCCCGAGUGUCCCCAAUGGCCCUGUCCUAUAUCCUGGUGCUGCCGAGGCCUCGGAAAAGCUGCAGACCGAGCUGGAGAGCAGGAUUCGUGGUUUGGAGGAGGUGCUCCGGCAGCGGGAGCAGGAGGCAGCCACGGAGCUGGAGGCAGCCCGUGGCAAGUUCGAGGCGGAGGGCAGCAGGGCUGGUGGGGGAGGCAGCGGUGACACGGUCCAGCUGCGGGCUGCCCUGGAGCAGGCCCGGGAGGACCUGCGAGACCGGGACUGUCGCCUCCGGGAGUUGGAGGCCACCUCGGCCUGGCUGAAUGAGGCCCGGGCCAGCCGGCUGCUGGCUGAGGAGGAGGCCCGGGGCCUGCGGGCGGAGCUGGCUCGGCGGGAGGAGGUGCGGUUGGAGCAGAUUCGGGAGCUGGAGGUGCUCCGGGAGCAGCUGGCCACCGCCAUGGCCACCGGUGAACAGCAGCGGGCAGCAGCCGCUGAGCUGUGCCACGCACGGGACAAGGCUGAGGCCCGGGCCGCUGAGCUGGCCGCGGCGUGCGAGGAGGCCCGGCAGGGCCUGGCAGAGCUGCGCGAGGCCUCCGAGGCGCUCCGCCACUCGGCAGUACCGGCCUCCGAGCAUCACCGGCUGCAGGAGGAAGCCCUUGAGUUGCGGGGCCGGGCAGCCAGCCUGGAGCAGGAGGUGGUGGCCAUCGGCAAGGAGGCGGCCCGGCUGCGGGCAGAGCUGGAGCGAGAGCGUGUGGGCAGCGUGGCCCGCUUGGAGCACGAGCGUAUAGUGGGUGCAUUGCAGGCCGAUGUGGCCCGGCUGGAGGGGCAGCUGGAGGAGCUGGGCCGCCGCCAUGAGAAGACCAGCGCUGAGGUCUUCCAGGUGCAGCGGGAAGCACUGUUCAUGAAGAGUGAACGACACGCAGCCGAGGCCCAGCUAGCCACAGCAGAGCAGCAGCUGCGGGGGCUACGUACCGAGGCGGAGCGGGCACGCCAGGCCCAGAGCCGCGCCCAGGAGGCCCUGGACAGGGCCAAGGAGAAGGACAGGAAGAUCACAGAGCUCUCCAAGGAGGUCUUCAGCCUUAAGGAGGCGCUGAAGGACCAGCCGGUUGCCCCAGGCAGCCCUGAGGUGGAGGCCCUCCGUGGCCAGGUGAAGGCUCUCCAGGGGCAGCUGGAGGAGGCUGCCAGGGAACACAGUGCAGUGGUGGCCUUGUAUAGGAGCCACCUCUUAUAUGCCAUUCAGGGCCAGAUGGAUGAAGACGUGCAACGGAUUCUGAGCCAGAUCCUACAGAUGCAAAGGCUGCAGGUUCAGGGCCGCUGAGCCUCAGAACACGGACCCUCUGCCCACCAGGCCCCACACAGGGGUGCCAGGGCUCUCGACUGACUGACCCUCUACACUAGGAAACCAACCUGCCCACCCUCUUACUGUCUCUGGCUGUCUGACCAUCGCUCUGGCCCUGACUGUGCCCCCAACCCCCACCGGAGAAUCUGUGAGUCCCUCUCCCAUCUCAUCACCAGACACCACCCCAGGAAUAAAAGCUCAUGGA